AGCAAGUAAUUUUUUUUCCGACUUUGAUUUACAGGACAGCGAAUUACAACAAUACAAUUGGAUGGCGUACAAUACUUUAUAAGUAGAAUGAACCCGUAUUCUCCAGAACUUAACUUUUUCUUAGCGUAUCAAUACUGCAGGUCGUUAGGACUUCAGUUAGCGUCUUUUGAAACUAAAGAAAAGGCCGACUCCAUAACGCAAUAUCUUACAAACGCAGGUUUUAGUAAAUUUGAUUUUUGGGUGUCCGGUAAUAAAUUAGGCACUGACAUGUAUUUGUGGAUGAGUACGGGCCUGCCCUUUAAUGCUACAUUUAAUUAUAUGAAAAAGAACGGCAAUGAUAUUCUGACAAGUGGCAAUUCAGCUUAUGAUUUGCCCAUGGGAAGUACAAGUCCACAAAGGACUGCCAGAGAAAGCGGAAAUGCAGGUUUGGCAAACAGUUGUGUGGCAAUGAAGGCUCCCACGUUUGAAUGGGACACAGACGACUGUACUACAAUCAAAGACUUCAUUUGCGAACAGACAAGAUGCUACUAUUACAACUACGGAUCUAUUCCUGUAUCCACUACGCAGGGAAAAGUUAGUACCACAACAACUACUACUGCAAGACCACCGUUUACAUCGUCUUCAUAUUCAAAGGCAGUGGGUAACAAUUAUGUGCCCUUCGGUUUAAACGAACUUAUAAAUAAAUUAAAAUUAAACUCGAACGAUAACGUGAACAAUAAUAACGCGAACGAAGCAGCGAAGUCAGAAGGAGUGGACAGUGUCGACCUGAAGCACGUGACCAAUGGCCCUUACGACACUUUCCAUUCCAAUGUCGAAAUGCAAGAUGACCCCGUUGCAACGGCUGAUCACGACGAUUACGUGUCAACUAUUGAACCGGAAGGAGUCACUUGGUUCGCUCGUGUUCCUUAAUAAUCCGUCCGUUUUUUUCCGGGUGAACAAGUCACGUCAAGAAGAUAUCGAAAAGUUUAGACAAAGUCGAAAACAAUUUUGUAAGUCGAAAAGUCAAGUUGGGGCCGAAACACAUUCAAAAGAAUCACAUUUAACAUUUAAAUACCAAAAGUUUGAGUUUUCACUGAAACACUUUCGAAUGCGAUAUGUGAUCGAAUAAGUGAGUUAGGGCUGAAACACAUUCGAAAAUGUUUGAACAAGUCAACUUGGUGCCGAAACACAUUCGAAAGAAUCACUUAAAUAUCAAAAGUUUGAGUUUUCACUGAAGCACUUUCGAAUGUGAUCGAAUAAGUCCAGUUAGGGCCGAAACACAUUCGAAUGUG